AUCGAGCUGAUACCGUAGUUUCCAUGACAACAAAAUAUCGUGUUAUCAUGUCGGACUGUCGUAGAACUCGAGCGGAGAACGUACUUAAAGAAAAAAAGGCAAUGAGUGUGUUAAAAGCACCGAUAGAUUAUAAAAACUUGGAAGAGGAACUUCACGCGGCUCUCGCAGCCGACGAAUUGUAUAAAUUACAAAACGAUGCUAAGAUUCGAGCGAUUGAACAAUCGGUGCCGACAUACGAGCACUUCAGGCAGAUGGUGAAUGGUGCUCACUUGAAACCUCUGAAUCGCGAUGACAUGAAACCCAAAACUAGUGUACAGUGGAAUCCGCUGAUUAAGACUGUAAAACCUCACGAUUUAACUGCAUCCGCAGCAUCGAAAAAAUUGCACAAUAAAGAGAGCAACGAAAGUAUUGUGAAUAGAUCUCGAAAAACGUGCGAGGACUUCUUACAAUCUUGGAAAACAAUCACGGAUCACUCUGACAAAUUUACUUACAUUUGGAAUCUAAGGAACGAUUUACAUCAUGUCUUUCGGGUGGAAAUUCCGGCGUCUUUCCUGGUGGACCUCACAAACACGUGUCUGCAGCAUUCGUCAAGAGUGGACGAUAUAACGCCAGUUGUAGAACUUCUCGAUAUAUUAAGCGCGUGUAAUCGGUUCGAUUUGAUGGUAUGCUUUAUGUCGAGAGACGAAAAGUCUACAUGUGAAGAACUUUUUCAACAAUUGCAACUCAAAGGCAGAUCACUAGAUAUAUCCUUGGAAAGUACAAUCAGAUCGUUAGCCAUGAAAUAUCGAAUUAACCUCAAUUAAUCACAGUGUCUUUCAUCUUAUAAAUAUUAUAAGUAAUGUAAAUAAACGAGCAAGAUGAAACAAAAUUAAUGAUUUUUGCUAAAUAAUUAUCAUUAAUAUAUGUUUAUUAUUUUGCAAAUAAUCCAUAUAAAUCCUGAGGUGCUACUCCAAAGCUUCGAAAACCCGCCGAGCGACGUCGCAGUUCCGAUUAAAUACGAUUAAAAGGCCCGAAAAAUAAUCGGAGUUAUUAGGAGUGCAGAAUGAGCAAGAAAGUUACUAGGAAUCCGUUGACCUCCUUGCUUAUUCUGCACUUCUAGUAACUCCGAAGCUUCGAAAAUCCGCCGAGCGACGUCGCGGUCCCGAUUAAACACGAUUAAAAGGGCCCGAAAAAUAAUCGGAGUUAUUAGGAGUACAGAAUGAGCGAGGAGGUUAAGUGUUUCUUGUAACCUCCUCGCCUAAUAUGCUUUGCUGAUACCUCGGGUGAAUUUUUCCGGGAUUUCGUGCGUCGCGAAUUUCACCCGAGGUACCAGCAAAGCAUAUUAGGCGAGGAAAUUAAUAGAAAUCCGAUAGCCUCCUCGCUCAUUCUGUAUUAAUAACUCUGAUUAUUUUUCGGGUCUUUUGAUCGGCAACACAACGUUAUUUCCCGAUGCCAUCUUCUUCCUUCUGUUGUAAUUAUAUUUUCCUAACGAUCCUUGAUGAAUUUUCGAAGCUCCGGGAGGCACAUGUUCGAAUGUUCUCCGCGCGAAGCAGACGACGCGGCCAUGUGACCGUCCAGGCGUAGAAGAUGACAGGCGUCGCGGCGCAUGGCGUCGCGUAUACGAGGAACGACGCUGCCGUCGCCGUAAAUACGAUAACGACAGAGUACACGUCGAUCUAUUCUUAUCGGUUACGUACGUAAGUGCGCGUCAUACGUCUCGACAAGGACCAACACCUACGGAAUUCCACCCGUGCUUUCCAUCCGUAUGGCUCAACCUGGCGACCGCCAUGAUGCACACCAACACAGCCCGGCCGUCGCGCCGUCCGUGCAUGCGUACGCGCGCGUGCGUGCCUGUACGUAAACAAGCGACGUCUCGUCGCGCCAUCGUCGUCGUCGUCGUCGCCGCUGCUGCAGGCUGCUGCACACCACACGGAUCCGUCGCGUCAGCAGCCCGGAACGUUCAGACGGUGGACGACGCUAGGCGCCGCCGGUGGACAAUCUCCUCCAGGGAUCGCGAGACCGGCCGGCCAAAUCGUCCGCGAUAAGAUAUGCGCCACGGACGUCGGACAGCGGCGAUCGGUCGCGCGAGACGACGGCGAUUAACCCGCUGUGCGUCAACAGUCAGCCGCGUCGUCACGGCGCGUCUCCUCUCGCCGCGAGAGUGAGAGCCGACGAUAGGGACCGGACGGUGGGAGAGAAGGCUCUCUCUGA